AUGGUGGACCCUGUUGCGUUGAAGCCAUCGAUUCAGUUUCAAGGAAGUCAAGGGCACAUUUCUAUACCCAGGCCCGACGGCCCAGCGGGGGUCCGCACAUUUUCGUUUUAUCUCUCCAAUAUUGGCAAGGAUAGUCCUCAGGGAAGUUUUGACUGCAUCCAGCAGUACGUGUCCAGCAAUGGGAGCAUUCAGCUGGACUGUCUGGGCAGCAUUCAGGAUAAGAUCACCGUCUGCGCUACAGAUGAGUCCUACCAGAAGGCAAAGCAGAGCAUGGCCCUGGUGGAAGAGGAGACACGGAGCCGGGGGGCCAUUGUGAUCAAGCCAGGAGGCCGCUACGUUGGCAAGACUGUCAAAAUGCGCAAGCCUGCACCAGGGGUUUCGGACACUGUUCCUUCCCGGAUCCGCCCAACACCUGUCAACCUGGCUAGCGCCAUGAAGAAAGGCAACAGCGCCAUCUCCCAGCGGCCGUUCAAAGACCGGGUGAUGCACCUGCUGGCCCUGAAGCCCUACAAGAAGCCGGAGCUGCUCCUCAGGCUGCAGAAGGACGGCCUUUCCAUGCAGGAUAAAGAUUCCCUAGACAUGCUCCUGCAGCAGGUGGCAAACAUGAACGCCAGAGACAGCACAUGUACCCUGAAAGAUCAUUUGUACAAGGAGGUACAGAAGGACUGGCCGGGCUACUCAGAAGGAGACCAACAGCUGUUGAAGAGGAUCCUUUUCCGGAAACUCUGCCAGCCACCAAUUGCUGCCUGCCCCUCAGAGAACCCUGCACCCAGUCCCCCCCGUGACAAUGAUGUGCCCAUCUCGUCUUCCCCUCCCCAGAAACGAGCCCAACCCCUGGAAUUCACUGAUCCCUUGUCCAGCAAGAAGCUGCGGAUCUCCCAUUUUGCCCAAAGGACUCAGCCUACUUUCAAUGGCAAACUGAACUCGGCCCAUGGCAGGGAGGCUCCUUUGCACACGGCAGCGGCAGUGACAACGGAUUCCCUCACUGCCAGCUCGCUCGCACCUACUCUGGACCUGCUCAGGCCCCACGACCUUCUGACCGACGUCAGCAAUGACCUGAGUCACAACGGCAAAGACUUUGAGGCGGCGGGCGAGGCGAGUGGCAGGCUCUCCACUGCCCAGCCAGCAACAGACUCUGCCCAGGCUGGCAAACACAAUGGUGGCACGCAUUCGAAAUUCCGAAAGAAGUCAAAGAAGCACAAGGAAAGGGAAAGGAAGGAAGAACAUUCACUGCCAUCUCCACCUCAGGCAGGCCCUCGAGAGAAGCCAAACUGUGAACUGAAAAAGGAGAGCGGCCCAGUCACUGGUCCCACACAAGAUGUGGCAGGUGUGAACGGGACGUGCCACAACACCAGCGUCACAACAUCAACAUCGGAAACACCGGCUUACUUACUCAAAUAUGGUGCCAUCUCUUCCUCGGAGCAACGCCAGAGCUACAAAAACGACUUCAACGCAGAGUACGGCGAGUACCGUGACCUCCAUGCCCGCAUAGAAAGGAUAACGUGCCGGUUCAUGCAGCUGGACUCUCAACUGAAACAGCUUUCGCAGGGCUCCGAAGAGUACAAGACAAUCCAUGAUCAGAUCUUACAAGAAUAUCGGAAAAUUAAAAGAACGAACCCCCACUAUAGCCAAGAGAAGAACCGCUGUGAAUAUCUGCACAACAAGCUGGCCCACAUCAAAAAACUGAUAGCCGAGUACGACCAACAGCAGUUUCAGUCUUGGCACUGAGGCAGAGCGAGUGGUGGGGAGAGAAGAGUGCCCUCACUGGGCACAUCAAUCCAUGACCAGUUUCUCAAGGGGGAAGAGGGGUUCGUGUGGGGCAGGGGGAGACUGGGAUGUCCAUCAAAGAGCCAACUUUCACUCUUCUUUGGGUCCAGUAAACCACAGAUCUAAUGUCACAAGAAGAGCUAAUCUCAAGCUUUUAUUCUACAAUCCUGGGAACUGCCAUGGCACACCGUUUUAAAUGUCUCUCCCCAAUAUUAAAAAAAAAAACAAUACAAAGAGAGUUUGCUUAUUUUUGGAUGCAAGCAAAAGGCCUCUCCAUCCCAAAGAAUUUGCUCUCCCUGGUGCCCCUUUCCCUACCUCCUGCCCCAGCUUUGAAGAGCCAGCAUCCAAAUGUUUCUCCUUUGCUCCAACUUUGAUUGACAGGCCACAUCGCCAAUGGGGGUUCUUGGGGAGCAGGGGGGAGAUCCACCACCAAAAUCAGGAUGCAAAAUCUGUUCUUAAUGCUUGCCAUUAAACAGUUGUAUCGCACCCAGCUCUCUCUGCUUCUGUGCUUCAGCUGAAGCCCUCGCAAGGUUCUGGCAACAUUGCACACUUUUAGCAGGGAAGGAACACCACCUUGUCUUACUUGAUGCAUUCAUCUUUCAUUCAUAAGCUCCUCCAUUCUUUUUUCUUGUUAUAUUUUUAAAGGUUUCUUCUAAAACAGUGCUUCCUCCUUUGUCAAGCCCUAUUUCUUACCUUGUUUACCUCUCUUGCUAUGUGUGGUUGCAUGUUCACUUCCACACAGCCACACACAGCGGGAGCGUGUGCUUGGGUCAACCCAAAUGAUACAAAUCUCCCAAGGAGGUAUUUCUUAUUCUUUUUUUCUUCCAUCUCUAUCUAAGGAGGGAGGUGGUGAGCAUACCCGAAACCAAAAAACAUCCGGCAUCUCCUCCUCCCAUUUUGUACCCACAGGUCAGGGAUGUUCUCUCCCACUUUUCCCCCUGAAAGCUGGCCACUGGUUUUCUUUCUCUAGCCCUGCUGGCAUUUAAAAACAGUUUCUGACAGAGGGGUUGCCCCAUCGUUCACCAACUUCAGUGACUCGUGGAUCAUUGCUUCACAUUUAGCUUUGAACUGCUCUUUCCUUUGCAGGGUUUCAGGAGUUCCUCUGUGGCUAUUUCAAAACAAUAAUAAUAAUAUCCAACACUGAGGAGGGGCACUCAGACUGCUCCCCGUCUGAAAGAGGGGGGUAUUUCUGCCAAAGCAAGGAGGUUGGAGAUUUCCAAAUUUGCCCCAGAGCCUCAUAUGCAAAGAGUCACAGAGGAGGGAGAAGGAACUGAUACAGGUUUCAGUGGCAUUUCUUCAAAAUGAAGAUUUUUUUGUUUGCUUUGACUUGGGAUGCAAGGAACCAGUGGUGCAUUUAGGAAAUGAGGCCAAACACUCUCCUUGUGUGUGUUCAGACUAAGUGCAAACCUUUGGCCUUUUUGGUUGUGUGUGCUUCUCUGGAAAGGAAAAAUAGGGGCUCUGGAUAUCUUGUGGCCCUCUCCAGAGACUGAUAAGGUGGUUCCCCAAACUUUGGGAGAGGUGCCUGGGCAACUACGGCUCUCAUGUCCCCUCUGGCAUCAUGGUUGGUGGCGGUACCAUGCACCACUGCCAUGCACAAAUCCCAUGUGCCACGGUGCUUUUGCAUCCUCCAUCUUUUCUCUUUCUCAGGCCCAGUCUGGUGGCAGUGAAAUGUCAUUUUUAACCACUGUGAUGUGGGGAUCCAACCAUGGGUCCGUCUUGACCUCCCUCUUCCUUUUUUUCCGCACCAAGAGUUGGAUGCCUUUUGAAUUCUUCUUCCUUUAUCAAUUUUCAAAUCUAUGAAUGAUAGAUAAUCUGGAGAAAUACACACACCCAAGAGUUGGGUUCCUGUUGAAAUGCCGUUUGUUUAGGAACAGCAACAUGAAAUGUUAUGAGAGGGGUGUGAGUUUAACUUUGUGAGGAGCGUUCUCUCCAAAUUUGAGAUAUUUUUGAGAUAUUGGGGGCGGGAGCGAUGGUCUAUUUUUUCAAGGGAAAUGAUUAAAAGUUUAAAAAGUUGAAUCUCAGUUCUUUAUACAAUAAACUUGUUCUAUAUGAUAUUUUUGCAAAUGAGAGUUGGAUAUAAAGAUAUAUUGUGUACAUUACACACCUGUGUAUAUAAUAUAUAUAUAUGUAUAUGUAUAAAUAAAAUAUAUAUAUUCUGGAACUUUCUAGAAUUUGGAAUAGCUAUUUAAUGACUCUCCAAAAGGAAGAAAAAAUAAUACUGUGAGGCUUUGCUUUGCUGCUUCAUUUUGAGACUGUGUUUUAAAAAGCAUAGGGAUUUUUUAAAGUUAAAAUAGGCCUUUAUUUUCUCUUUUAUUUUCAUUUUAGCUUUUAGCAAACUUUGUGCUUGGGGCGGGUGAUCUUUGCAGGAACCCCUUCCUAAGCCAGUUUGGUCAUGUUCUCUAACUUAUUCAUAAAGUGUGAGUUUUCUUUUAAAUAAUUGUACAACAGAUUAUUUUUUAAAAAAUACAUUGAGCCAUGAUGAUGUUUACAGGAAAAAAUGGUUUUCUUUUUUAGGAUUAACAUGUUUUCCAUAUUGCCAAAACGUUACCAAUUUAAAAGUGGCCCUUCUCUGCUUUCCUAAUGCUUUUUCUUAAGAAGGCAGAGAAGGGUUUUUUUAUUGUGUACAUAUUGCAAGGCAAAAAGACAAAACCAAAUGUUAAUUUUUAUUCUUUUAAAAAAAAAAUAAUAAGUUGCAACAUAUAAUAAAGUCAUUGUAUUGGA